AGGCCACACAGUACAAAGUCAUUGACAGAAGCUGAAAAUGAAUGAAGAUUACUGGUACGUGUGACGUCUUCCUCUCUUGUUUUCCUGACUGAUAUGGGUGAUGUGAUAAUCUGAGGGGCACCCUAAUAGCAUCCUUAGUGAAGCAUUUAUUUUUGACUCCCAUCAUCACACGUCUACAAACCAUUAGAAGAAAUGAUCGGUCAACUACCAGAGGAUACUGUGGAGUCCCAGGGCUCAGAUGAGCUUGAGUGCAAGAUCUGUUACAACCGCUAUAAUCAGAGACAGAGGAAACCAAAAGUGCUGGAGUGUUGUCACAGAGUAUGUGCCAAAUGCCUUUGCAAGAUCAUAGACUUUGGGGACUCUCCUCAGGGAGUCAUAGUGUGCCCAUUCUGUAGGUUUGAGACAUGCCUGCCUGAUGAUGAGGUUAGUAGUCUUCCUGAUGACAACAACAUCCUUGUGAAUUUGGCUUGUGGGGGAAAGGGGAAAAAGUGCCUACCAGAUAAUCCUACAGAACUGUUGCUAACUCCCAAAAGGUUGGCGUCUCUUGUUAGCCCUUCUCACGCUUCCUCCAACUGCCUGGUUAUAACCAUCAUGGAAGUGCAGAGAGAAAGCCCACAGACUCUGAACUCCACCCCGGUGGUGGAAUUCUACAGGCCCACGAGUUUUGACUCUGUUGCAACUGUAUCCCACAACUGGACAGUGUGGAACUGUACAUCCUUGCUCUUCCAGACCUCAAUUCGAGUGCUCAUUUGGUUGUUAGGUUUGCUAUACUUUAGUUCCUUGCCUUUAGGGAUCUACUUACUGGUAUCUAAGAAAGUCACCCUGGGGGUUGUCUUCGUCAGCCUUGUUCCUUCGAGCCUUGUUAUUCUCAUGGUUUAUGGCUUUUGCCAAUGUGUAUGCCAUGAGUUUCUGGACUGCAUGUCUUCUUGA